ACUGCAACUUUGAGUUUAAUCAUGAGGAUCCUCGGCAAUCCUCAACUUCUCCAGGAGAACGGAACAUCACGAUUAGCCUCACCUGUGUGUAAAGGAAGAAAACCCGGUAAAACUUGGGGGGGAAAGCCUUCAUAACAUUUUAAGUUUCUGUCACAAUGGGAGAGGAGAUAGCUUUGAAGAAAUAACAAUCCUGUGCUACUCCCAGGUCCUCCUGGGUGCUUCAUCUCUGCUGUGUUGUCGUGGGAUGGAUUACAGGCUGAGCUGAUUCUCCUGUCCCGUUGGACCAGCCAAGGAGAUCUUGAUAGCAAAGAGACGGAUCGCACAUUCAAGAACACCUUGAAGCUCCUGCUGUUAUAGAUUAUUAUCUGACUCUCUUUUUCACAGGCAAGGACACAUCCCAGGUUGAACAAUGGUUUUGAUGUUGGUCAAGUUUGACCUGAAAAAGCGAGUAAAGCUCGCUCAGACGGUCUGGUUCAUGUACUGGUUCGCUGUAAUGGCCGGCGUGCUGGUCUUCAGCAUGGGCCUGUUCUUUAAGAUCGAGCUGCGAAAGCGCUCAGAACUUAUGGACAACAACGAGAGCCACUUCUUGCCCAACCUGCUUAUAUUAAUGGGUCUAAUAGCCUGCGGCAUUAACGCCUUUGGAGGCAAAAUCUGCUACGACUCACUAGACCCUAGCAAGUUUGCAAAGUGGAAGUCCAUGUUGAAGAGCUUCUUGGUGUCAUGCAUGGUGUUCAACGGCCUACUGUUCAUGACGGCCCUGCUGUGUUUCUUGAUGAGGAUUCCUCUGCAGUUCACCCUGGCUGAGGGGCUGAAGAACGGCAUGAAGUACUACAAGGACACGGACACACCAGGACGCUGCUACAUGAAGAGGACCCUGGACCUGAUGCAGAUGGAGUUCCGUUGCUGCGGAAAUGACAACUACAGAGAUUGGUUUGAGAUUCAGUGGGUUAGCAACCGCUACCUGGACUUUGGGGCAAAGGAAGUCAAAGACCGCCUUGGGAGCAACGUGGACGGCCAGUAUCUGAUGGAUGGGGUCCCGUUCAGCUGCUGUAACCCCAGCUCCCCCAGACCCUGCAUCCAGAACCAGAUGACCAACAACACUGCCCACUACAGCUACGACCACUACACGGAGGAGCUCAACGUGUGGAAGCACGGCUGCCGUGACGCCAUGCUGUCCUACUAUGGAGGCCUGAUGAAUACCAUCGGAGCCCUGGUGCUGCUGGUCACUUUACUGGAGCUUGCUGUGACCAUCGGCCUGCAGUACGUCAACAGCUCCCUGUCCAGCCUGGCUAACCCGGAGGACCCGGAGAGUGAGAGCGAGGGCUGGAUCCUGGAGAAGACUGUAAAGGAGACGUUCACCGACAUCAUGGCCACGAUGAAGUCCAUGGGCAAAGGCACAAAGGUGGAGGAGGGGGGCGAGGCAGCGGUCGCCACAGUCAGCUGAGCUAACCCCUCCUGCAAAAAACUGACAUCACUCCCACAUGAAAAGGAGGGGAAGGGGGGGACGUGUGAGAUUGCUACGUUUUUUUCUACCAACAUUUAUCAUGUAGACACUACCACACUACACACAAACACAUAUUUGGGUUUGAACUCCUUUUUAAAUGGACUCCUUUCAAAUGGACUCCUUGCAUAAAUAAUUAUAAACGGUAUAUUCAUACAUAGAGAGAGAGAUAAUGUGUAGGACGAGUUAUGUGAUGGUUUUUCAUUUUGGUAAUCCCCAACCAAACCAAUCCAUCUCAGGCUUCCAACUGUCUUUGUGAAGAGACACUCGGUGGGGUUGGAUCUUUUCAAAAAUGAUGAGUCAAUUAAAUGUGUUAUGUAUUGAUAAAUGGCAGAUGUUUUGCAAUCACAAGUAAAUACGUAAUUUCUUUCCAUUGUAUUGUUGUCAGAUAGUUUGGUGGGGAUGGUGGUUGCAUGAUGGUGCAGAUGGAAGAUAUUUACAGCCCAAGAAACGCAGUGUUUUAUUUUUGUUGACCUGUCUAUAGUACUUUGGCUCGUAGCUGAUACUGUAUAUAAGCAAUGCAAACAAAUUUACCACCCCACUCAGCUCUUUUUAUACUCCAGUCCCCCGAUGAAGACUGGAUAAGCUCCUGAGAUGGAGUUAAAUUAUGAAUUGAAUGAAUCGGUAUGAAUUCUGCAUGAAUGUUCCGGCACACGGUCGAAGAGCGAGGCAUGGGAACUGGGAUGUGAGCCCUGUAGAGAGGCAGGGCCAAUACCAAACCUGUGGAGGAUGACUGAAUUUGGCAGCUAAAUCUUGGCUCCUGACCCCUGUACUGUAAUCUCAGAUCCUCUUUGGUGUUUCCUUUGUGCAUUCAGUAUCUGUAUAUUGACACACAUGUAUGUAUAUUCUAACAACUGGGUUGCUGUCUUUGUAAAUAGUGUAGAAAUGACAAAAUGUUACUUUUUUUAAAAACGUGUAUACUGUAAUUAAGCUAAAUCUUUUAUUCAAAUCCAUGUACAUUUUUUCAAUUUUUUUUUGGCUUUAUCUGUCUGUGUAGGAGAAGCGCUUAUGUUGAUUGUAUAAACAAAUAAAGGAUUCUAGAGAUGUGGUUCGACAGUGAAAUAA